UUUCAUGAUUCACAUUUCGUUUGACGUUUUUUCAUUACCCGAAACGGAAAGCACACCGAAAACAUAAAAAUAAGUUCCACAAUUUUCACGAAUUCAGCCGAAAUAAAAGUAAAAUAAGUGAAUUUUUUAAGUUCGGAUUAUUGACCAAGCGCUAUCCGGCCUACACCAACUGUGAUCACUCUCCCGCACCAACGAAUCAAAGUUAUGGCCACAGCACAACAAACUACGUCCAGCGGCAGCGGCGGUGGAAAAUCGAAGGAUAAAAAGACUCAGGAAGAAAUUUAUGCCGAGUUUCAACAGCUGCGAAAUCAACAGCGAAAUUUGAUUAACAAUCUCAACACUCUCGAGUUGGACCUCAAAGAACACAAAACUGUAAUUGAUACACUGAAAACGGUAGAAUCUGGACGGAAGUGCUUCCGGCUAAUUGGCGGUGUCUUAUGUGAGCAGACAGUGGAAGUAGUAAUGCCGCAAUUAGUCUUGAACAAAGAGCAACUCGAAAAACUAAUCGAAAACGGCAAAGAACAAAUUACUAAGAAAGGAUUGGAGAUUAACCAGUACAAGGAUGAGCACAACAUCAAAAUACGCGGCCAGGAUACGACACCUGCGGCUGCAAGCGAAAAGGAAAACAUCGAGGACAAGUCCGCUGCGUCUGGGAACCGAAACGUCCUAGUAGGAAAUCUGUAGUGUACGCAUUAUGUCAAAUUAGUGCACCAUAAAACCAAAACUUCCGCGAUCGGCGUUUGUUUUUGGCAGUGAGACUGUCCUGUUGGUUGCAGUAACUUUUCUUCUCUACACAAUCUGAAAUCGGGUUUGAUGAGGAGAAAUGGCCAGAUCACAGUUGCAUAGGGCAUCAAUUUUAAGUAAAUAUUUAUCGAACUAUCUAACCAAAUAGAAUUCAACGUUUCUAUAUAGGUUUAGCAACCACAGAAAAUCCAGAUAAUUACUAUGUAUGCUGCUGAAAAUUUAAUUUCAACUCCCAGCUUCGCUUGUCAUGUUUUAGGUUGUUGUUUAAAGCAUUGAAUUUGAGUUUACUGGCAGUAA